AUGCCGAGUGCUUGUCAGUCAACGUGUGACAUAUUUGCCGCAGUUGCCCUGGUGAGGCCACCUGUAAUCGCGCCACCGAUGAAUAAGCUGGAACAGCGCUACAGCCAUGUUAUGGCGGAGAGGGAAAUCGAAUGCUCGCUUCGGUCCGAUUUCGAGCUUCGGCAGCUCAGAGACGAACGGCCACCUGUAAUCGCGCCACCGAUGAAUAAGCUGGAACAGCGCUACAGCCAUGUUAUGGCAGAGAGGGAAAUCGAAUGCUCGCUUCGGUCCGAUUUCGAGCUUCGGCAGCUCAGAGACGAACGAUUGCUGAAAGAACGAGAACGUUUGAAAAUGAGCAAUGAGGAGGGUACUUUGUCCGAAGAAAUAGGAAUACUAGCUUCAGUGGACGAGGAAAACUGGCGCAAACAAGGAGACCGAAUUCGGAAGCAGCUCGCAAUUGGUGAUCUUAGUAGGUUUGCAAAAGCUGAUAGCAGGAGCUUGCAACGAAAGAUCGAUGAGCCGUUAGUAUUUAUUGUGCGUCACAAAUUUGGCCGCACUGAUGGGUACGAGACGAAUUGGCUUUUGCCCCAAGUGCAGCAUCAAACAAGCGAAACACUGAAACAGACUGCCGAGCGUUGCUUAAAAACAGUGAUUAGCAAUGAAGUGGAAGUGGAAGGCCUGAGCAAUGCACCAUUUUCAGUGUAUUCGUAUAAUUAUCCCUCGCGAUUGAGGAAACUGCUAAAAACGCAAUCACGAAGCGCCGUAGUAAGUUGUUUCUUUUUUUCUAUCAUUUUUUUC